AUGUUGGUGGACAUACAGACCGGAGAGGUGACUACAAAGGCCGGACCACACGCCCAGGCGGCAAAUCUUGCCUUCCUUAUUUCUACCUUCCAAGCAUCUGUUCGUUUGCUCUCUCUUACUCUUCUUUUCUUUAUUUAUUUCUUUCUUUCUUUCCUUCUUUACUUCGAACUGGAGCUUGGCCUAUGGCCGUUCAAGUUCGACGAGAAUUGCUCGCUUCGAUUACAUGCUCUCUCGUGCACACAAGUGGCCCAAUUGGGCCCCUCUGCUGGCCUCUUAGCCGCCCCGGGCCCGACCAGCCCAACCAGCCCGACCAGCCCAACCAGCCCAACCAGCCCAACCAGCCCAACCAGCCCAACCAACCCAACCAGCCCAACCAGCCCAACCAGCUCAACCGGCUCAACCGGCCCAACUAAUCCAAAUAACCCAGAGCCCACUCGGCAUUGCUCAUGUUUUUCUCCGCCUUGUCUCUCCAGCCCUGGACUUUAUUCACCCGUUCGUCGUCAGUGCCCACCACCGGCCUCCACUCCUCGGCCAGUCAGAAUGACGUAA